AAGGGUUUCUUGCAAGCAACUUCGGUGAGCCAUAAGAAGGCAUUGCUCUAGCACUGCACAUUAUAGAGGAGCGAGAGGGCCAAAGUGAGAGAGAUAGAGAGAGAGGGGGGGAGGGAGAGGGAGAGGGAGCUGAAGAAAUCAUGGAGAACAAGCACACCGAUCAGGCAAAGGUAAAGGCAAAGCUCAGCAUGAUGCACUCAAAGGUUAUCUGCUGCAAGCUCUACAUUUCUGAAAGCCAAAAUGCGAUGGUUGUUGAUGCAAUCAGUCGCAUAGGCCAAAAAGACCCUGAGGUAGUUUUGCUCAGCAAGUUCGAGGAUGAGUACUACAACCGCGUCCGCUACACACUUGUCUCCUAUAUUAUCAGCAAUAGCUCAACUGGUGAAGUUAUAUUUAGCCCAAUCAGGAAGGUAUUGUUGGCAAUGAUUGAGGCUGCAUUUUCAAACAUAAACCUUGAAGUGCACUGCGGAACUCAUCCUAGGAUCGGCGUCGUUGAUGACAUGUCGUUCCACCCCUUGAGUCAAGCAGCCACAAUGGAGGAUGCUGCUCAGCUGGCUAAGCUGUUGGCGUCUGACAUUGGCAAUGGCUUACAAGUCCCGGUGUUUCUGUAUGCGGCAGCACACCCCACCGGCAAGAGUGUUAGUGCCAUACGACGUGAGCUCGGUUACUACCGACCAAAUCACAAGGGCAUCAAGUGGGCAGGUCAGGUGCUCCCUGAUACUCUGCCAAUGAAGCCAGAUGAGGGCCCAACUCAAGUUCCUCGUGAAAGAGGUGCCACAAUGGUCGGAGCAAAACCUUUUGUUGAGAGCUAUAAUGUACCAAUCCUUUGUAAGGAUGUCCCAACAGUGAGGAGGAUCACUCGAAGGGUGACCGGGCGGAGUGGAGGGUUCCCGACAGUGCAAGCACUCGCCCUAUUCCAUGGCGACAAUUGCACGGAGAUUGCAUGCUUGUUGGAUCCAGAUCAUGUCGGUGCUGAGCAGGUUCAGUGGCUGGUGGAGCAGAUUGCAGCAGAGCAAGGACUUGAGGUUGACAAGGGUUACUUCACCGACUUAUCCAAGGAUAUGAUGCUAGAAAGGUACUUCAAGAUGGUCUCUGCUGCUGAUUGACAUGUACAUAAUUUUGUUGGCAGAUUGCAAGCAUGGAAUUGCAUUCUGUAGUGCUGAUUGACAUUCUUGCAAUCAUGUGUGUCUUGCACUUGAGUGUAUGCUGCAACUAAAUUUGUGACACCAACUUGCAUGCCAGACAAAUAACUAAUCCUAACACUUUGUACAUAGAAGUUCUAUCUCUCUUGAAGAUGGUCUUUGGAAACUCCACCUUGGUAAUCGCAAGAUAAUUUGUCU